CGCUGUACCAACGAAUGCUGCCUGAUCCUUAAUCGUGCGAGUCCAUCAGAGUUUCUUGGAUAGUUUCCUCGAGAAAGACCGGUUCCAUCUUCGUCAGCAUCAUGUGCUAAAGAUCGGCCCGCUCGCCUGCGUGCGUCCACCAUUCACACGUGCGAACCGGUGAGAGGUGGCUCAUCGGAACACGCGCGCUCUCAUUCAUCAAAACAAUCACCAGGCGCCGGGGACGAGUCAGGGAUUUUGUGUCCCGUUGCCUGCUGAUCGCCGAUGACCACACGAUCAUAGAUUUAAGGAGCACCUUAUCAAACAAAAGUUACAGUGGCUCGUUUACCGAUUCCAAAAAGUGCUAAAGCGUUCUGUUGGGUGCAGUAGGUGACUUUACAACGUGAGAUUCUCGGUUGUCUGAACGAAAAGCGACGGCUGUUGCGGUUCACAUUGCCUGUUUCUCUUCGCAACAAAAUGAGUCACUCAAGGAAUCAUCAUUACUAUGAGAGCUCUAGGUCACGAAGUCGCGAUCGAAACUACCGGAGGGAAUACCGCGAGGACUCGGAGCGUUACAAUCAAAUGACGGACUAUGGCAGUGGCUCGGACUAUCGCCGCAGUUCACAGCACCACCGAUCACACACCUCGCACUACCAUGAACCCGCGUCCUCCACGAGUGCACAUUCUUCGUACUCGUAUUCCGGCAAAGUGGUGUUGGCUGUGUUUAAUCUCAGCAUCUACACGACCGAAGCGGAACUGUACGACAUUUUCUCUAAAUUCGGACCCCUGCGCAAAACAACCGUGGUGCUAGAUGCAAAGACUGGUCGAUCACGAGGUUUCGGAUUUGUCUACUUCGAAAGUGCCGAAGACGCAAAGGUGGCCCACGAGCAGGCAAACGGUAUAGAAAUCGGUGACCGCCGGAUAAGGGUAGACUUUUCUGCCACCAACAAACCACACGAUCCGACACCCGGUGUUUACUAUGGACGAGUGUCGCACCCGAAGGGAUCGUAUCACAGCGGUGGCGGUCACCCACCGCCCGGCAUGUCCUACCGCGGCUAUCACCACUGCAGGGCAUGUGAAGUAGAAGCCCGAGACCGAGAACGCUGGGAUCGGGAAGCACACUCUAGGGAUUCAUAUUACUACGACAGCUACUCUACAGCAGAUCGAGGCCGGGACCGGUCCAGCCGCUCGCGGAGUGAUUACUACCGUAGCGGAACCAGUAUUCGCUGACCCGUGGACGGUGGCUAACGGUCGUGGAUGGGGUGAAGGAUGCUGUACAAGUGGUCUGCAACAGCAUCCCUAAGGCAGACAAAUGCUAACUCGCACGGAACAACGUCCUGUAACCGUUUGCCAAGAAAAGGGCACCAGAAAGAAGUUAGGAAAAGAAAAGGAAAAGGGAGCCUUUUUAUUAGAAGACGCUGCAAACGGCUUCUAGUUUGAUUAGGCGCUCUCAGCACUGAAGAUGUGGUCGUUACGAUUCGGUUGAUUCUGUUGGACAAACAGGUUUCGUUUGCGUUACCUCAACUGCCACCCAGCUCUGUGUCACAGCAGAAAGAAAAUAAAAUCAACCACCACCAUCCCGGUUAACAACUCCCAAAGGAACUGGAUUCUGCUCGCAGUCACACUCGGGUAUUCGGUGUGACCACGGGUUUUUGCGCUUUACCCUCACCAUUGGUUGGAUGCGCUGAAUGAGACCAAACGCAUAAAGCAAAUUGCCAACAAAAUUUAACCCAACAAUUUUUAUCCUCUUCGUCGCUCUCAGUCGUGCGAUGGACACGCGA